UUUACUAACCGGUUGCAACAAUUAUUUGCACUAUGACAAUAGUAACACAUUGAAAUCCCCAAUGGCUUAAUUACAUGUGAGUUUGAAUAAUGAUCAGUGUAAUGACAUGAUAUCUCAAGCAAGAUCAAAGUAAAGAAAUGGCCUUUAGGUGUUUCACACAGAGAAAGAGCAUUAAACCGCAUGUGUGUGUCCACUUUAUAUCACAGCGCAGCAUUUUUGCAGGUCUGCGCUUUGUGCGUGUGUGACGGAUGUGGCAAAAGUGCUGCGAAAGGAAGUGCACGCAGUUCAUAGCUGAUGUUGCCUCAUGCUGACCGUGGCAGGAAGGAGAGCAGCUGGACCACUGAAGGCAUGCUGGGAAUUUCCAGUGCACAGUUUACGGUUCCGAUGGUUGUUUCGCUGGCCUUGCUGAGUCUGCUGUGUUUUCUCUGCCUGCGAUGUAAAAAGAAGUCCAUUCCUGCAGAAACUCAAAUAUACAACUCGCAGACAUUCCAGUGUGGGGGGAGCAGGUUUGCUGUAAUGCGAUCAAAAACCGUCAUGAAAGCCAACCAAAUAACCCCAUAUGCCUGCAAUGAGGAUUUUAAUCCAGCUACACAUUCAGAGGAUGCAUUUCCACACGGAAGUUGGGAACAUAUUUAUGUAGCUCCACUGCCUACCGCAGUGUAUGAAAAUGACAUACACCCACCGUUGAUGUUGAAAGAUGCUGACCCCUUGACAGGCGACUAUGCAAACGUUCCUGUAGCGGCACCAAAAAGCGAGGGUAUGAGACGCUACAGCUCAACGGCAUUAGCUUCACCAACACCAACACAAUGCGCUUUCAAACUAGAUGAUGACGACUAUGAAAACUCUGACUUCCUGGCACAAGCAACUCAGGAACUGGAGGAUGAUGCCAUACUAUAUGUGAACGAAAAAGGGGCUUGCACCUGACGUGGACGACGAAAGACGACAUUUUAAUAAACUUGUCUGAUGUGUUGAGCUUGACAUGCGGAUGAAGCACAUGGGCAUGUAAUGUGCAUCAUCUGUGGAACCAAAGCUGCCAACUCAGUGUUGCGGACCGCCACCUAUAAAUUUGGACCACCACAAAUUGAUUUGUGCUACCUGUUCACCCUCGCUCAUAGACAUGAUAAUGGGAGUGUCUGUGAAUGUAGCUUAUCGUUACGACUCCAUACUGUAGAUACCGGGUCUGCUACAGAAUAAGAUGUCGAAGAUACUCUUAUCUAGCCACUUUUUCUGGUCUUUUUGGAGAUUGAAUUGAAAGCAUGUAUCGCUCUUCUCAAGGAGCAGUGGGUGCUGUUGUGGACCCCUUUCACUAUCAAAAAGCACUCACGGAUGGCUCAGUCUUAUUUCCAUCCAUUCAUCCAUCUUCUAUGCCGCUUGACCUAACUUGGGUCGCGGGGUGAUAUUAAAGAAAUAAAGACAAAGAAGCAACGGAAAAAAGUUGAUUUGUAUUUCUAAACCAUUUUGUUUUGCUUUUCAUGUUUUUGCUCAGUUCUUGUCUGUACUACAACCCACAACUUCCAAUACACCACUGUGGACUACGGUGGUGAAAAAUAGUAAAAUAUGGGACCUUUGAUAAAAGUCUAUUAGGAAGAAGCAGUAGUGGAAAGGUAUGUUGAUUUUUUUUACAGACAUUUAUUAACUUGAACAUGUGACCAGAACAAACAGACAGUGGAGGUACAUAAACGUAACAUCAACCGUUCCUAUGUGAUUAUACCCAAUGUGUUUUUAUUAGUAGUGAUGUUGUGAGGCAGCAUCCGUUAAUACAACCUACUGUUAACUUGUCAGGGGAUGACUGACUCACUAAAGAGAGUAAAUAGUCACCAUAGUGACAUCAUCAGCAGUUUAACAAUCCAUCUGCUCUAACGUGUCUUUGAAUUGAAAUAAGGCAGAUGCUCUACUUGUCACAGGUAAGUGUCAACUGAUCUGCGAUAAAGCUUAGUUACUACUCACCUGUCAUUCACACACACUCAUUCACACACAUUUACACACACACAGCAGGCUGAUGGGAAGGAGGUUUAAACGUUGCUCAGGGCGUCCACUCCUGGCAGAACUUUGCCUAAAGAGAGAACCAGUCAGCAGUGUUAAAGGUGCAUACUAAAUUACGCUAUUUUAAAAACACAUACGCUCAACUAGUUAACUUGCAUAAUGUACAGCAUCUAACAAAAGGUUAGACACACUUUCCCAUUCAAUAACACCGGGGUGCCCAUUACGUUUUAUCGCAAGCUACC